AUGGCGGAAACGAUCGACCGGCAAAGGUGGGCCAUCUGGGCAGCGCUGCUAACGGUGCCAGCGACCAUCCAUGCGAUUUAUCGCCGAUUCACCGUCGCGCUGCUUCGCAUGUUCCCCAUGAACGACACCAAUUUCUAUAGUGAAGGAAUAGCAGCGGACGGCCAAACUUCCAUGCUCGAAUCGCCGGGUCCGCUGCUGCGCGGCGACAAUUCGCAGCAGGACGAAAUAAACGCCGAAGGGUUCGCGCGCAGCGUUCAUCUUGAGCAGGACACCCAUUCCGUCUCAGCCCCCGCCGCGAUGCACCUGCUGGCACCCCUAGUCAUCUUAUUCGCAGUCCUACAUGUUAUCUGCAUCCUAUUGGUCUCUCAAGCCUGGGCGGCCUCUCCCAGGAGCUAUCCCGGAAUUCACCUGGAAUGCCAAGCCUGGCGCCAUGCCGUUCUGGCCGGGGCUCUUGACGCCAUCGUGAUAAUCGACAGGCACGGGGUCAUCAUCGAGUGGAGCCCGAGCGCGGAAACAAUGCUUGGUUGGAGCCGUCAAGAAGCAGUGGGUCGCAUGCUGUGCGAUCUCAUCAUUCCCGAGCAGGCUCGAGAAAGCCACCGGAACGGAAUGACCAAGUGCCUUAGAGAGGGAGACGGGCCAUUCCUGCACACGCAUGUCGAUACCGAGUCGCUUUGCAAGCACUCUGGCAAGCUUCCGGUGCGCAUUUCCAUUAAGCGUUUUCGCCAAGACAACGAUCUUUGCUUUAUCGGAUUUAUCAAAGACAUAACGGACAAGCGACAGCGACAGAUUGUCGAGCAGGAAGCCAUCUUGACGUUGAACGCUGCGAAGGUGGCCAACAACCGGUUUUUGUGCAACAUGUCGCACGAGCUGAAAACCCCACUCAAUGGCAUUAUGGGCAUGGCGCAAUGCCUUUCGAACGUGAUCACAGAUGAGCAACAGAUCGAAUGGCUGCAAAUGCUCAUGGACUCUGGCGCUUCGCUCGUCGAAAACGUGAACGACAUUCUCCUCCUGUCCACGAUCAACUCCAACGAGGUCGAGCUCAAGAUGUCGCGGUUUUCGCUGCGCGAUGUACUCGUGGAGCAACUCGACAAACUUCGGCCGCGCGCACAAGCCAAGCAGCUGCCUCUGCCCUUUUCAGUCGAUGAGAAUGUUCCAGACAUGGUGGUGAGCGAUCGCUCUCUUAUCGAGCAGAUUCUGUCUCGCAUCCUGCGAAACGCCAUCAAGUUCACCUCGGAGGGUUCGGUGCAGGUCCACGUACAGCUGGACUCGAAUGCGGCCAGUAAAAGUGGAGGUGCUCGGCUGCUGCAGCCCAUGACGUCCAAAACACAAAUGGAGGACGUUGCUCAAGCUUCCACGUCGGGGUUCAUCCCGUAUGCACGCUAUAAUUCCAUGGACGAGUCCCAGGAGCAGACGCACCAACCUGCAAAGGACCCUGCCCAAGAAGCUGCCGCUCCGAAAAUUGAAGUGUCCAUCCCGACCAGUAUUCGGAUACAAGUCACAGACACUGGCAUCGGCAUGAGCGAGCUCACGUUGUCGAGGGUGUUUGAGCGCUUCUUCCAGGCCGACUCGUCCGCUGAUCGCAAGUACGGCGGGAUGGGGAGCGGCUUGGCCAUCUGCAAAGGGUUGAUCGAGCUUCUCAACGGUGCCAUCCAAGCUUCGAGCGUUGAAAACCAAGGCACGACCAUUUCGAUCGUGCUGCCCUUCAACCUUGCGCUCCCAUCACCACCGACUCUGCCCGAUGAGGUGGUCACCAAAUCACCGCUUGCGGCGGUUCAGGACAAUUCGGUUCGGAUCGAGGGAGCUGCUGCUGAGGGUUUGUCCACCACUCUUCCUGCGCCGAGUAUGGAUUUUUCAGCCACUGCCCAGGCCGAAUCAUCGAAUGGAAUGCAGCCUGGGUCACACUUGGUCUCCGGUCCACUCACGCCCGACCCCACCGAUGAAGCGCAGCCUUUGGCAGCAUCGACUUCUUUGCCGCCUGAAUCCACCUCCCGCACUAUUGUUCCUGUCCCUGCUGUAAAUCCAGACGUCGAGUGUCCAUCCUGCUCCAGCCCGGCUCAUCCUAUUCAGAGGGCACUCCGAAAGAUGGGACCGUCCCCGCAGCGUGCUCGCAUUUUGGUCGUUGACGACAACAAUGUCAAUCAAAAGGUCGUUGUUACCAUCCUCGACAAGCUGGGGUUCCGAACCCACUCGGCAUUCAAUGGGCAAGAGGCGCUCGACAUGAUGGACGAACACGAGUACGAUGUCGUGUUGAUGGAUUGCCAGAUGCCAGUGCUCGACGGCUACGAAGCGACAAGGCGGUUGCGCGCGCGCGAGCAUGGCACGAAUCGUCACAUCACCGUCAUUGCAGUCACAGCCAACGACGUGCCAGAGGAUGCCGAGCUCUGCCUCGCGGCGGGCAUGGACCACUACUUGCCAAAGCCCGUCAAUCAGGCCAGUCUUUUGGGCCUACUUGCCGAUUGGAUGCACGAGUUGCCGGAAGAAUGAUGGGGUUUUGUGUUUGUUUCGCAGUUCAGUGACCAUUGUUGGAAAAUACAAAAAAAAAUCACCUUGCAA